AUGGAGGUUGGCACUGAUGAGUCGGUGGUAGCCAUCAGCUUCGAUGAAAAUUCCACAGGGAAGACCUUUGCGGAUACCAAGGUCCGCUAUACCUGGGAGGUCAUGGUAGAUGGAAAAGUCCACAGGAUUGAAUUUACCAAUACCAAGACGUCUGGGAAGAAGCGAAUCUUCGUGGAUGGACGACUCCUUCAUGAGAUGACGGUCUUUCGGUCGCCCAACUUUCAGUACAGUUGGCCCAUUGGUGGUCAUUUGUUGUCCAUCGUGCCGGUGAAAGCAGAUGGUACAGACAGCAUCUUCGAUAAGGUCAUGGACCGCAUGGCCAACUCAGUGGAUUGUCAGUUUGAGCUUCGCAUCAAUGGUUUGCCAUUCCGGGCCUUUCGCAAGAAGCCGGCGCGUGUCGUACCUGUUCGACCAGCUCGACCGGUUGAGCACGGGCAGGUAGUGGCUUAUGGUCAUCCACCGGCUGCAUCUGCGCCGGAUCGAGAGUAUUUGGAGAUGCGCGCCAAAGUAGAAGAGCUGCAGAACCGUCCACAUCGACCGCAGGGGAUCGAGGCAUCUGCAUCCUCUGGUCGGCGCAGCUCCCCUUGGGAGGCAUCCCAACCAGCGAAACCGGUGACCAAAACGAGCCAUGGAGAUCCGUGGAAAGGCACUAGCAGCUCUCCACCUCAAAGGUUUGGGGACGAAGGUGAAGAGAUCGGUUUUACCACUGGCGCUCGGGCGCAGUAUGCUGGAUUUAGCAAUUCGGCUGGCAGCAGCAGUGAAGAUGAUGAGGCCUUCACCAGCUAUGGCCCUGCCACAGCUCACGCUCCAUCUCAGAGCCAAAGUGAGUGGCCUUCGAGUGGUUUUGGGCAAUCUGCAUGGCCAAGCACUGGAGGUGUCCAACAGAGUGGAGGUACAGCCGGUGCUUGGCCAUCUUGGGAGGCCAGCCCCACCUCGCCCUUUGACGCUCCAGCUCCACCCAACAGGCCGAAACGGCAGGCUGUUCCCACCUACGCCAUCCCCUGGUCACCGCAGCAGCAGCCGCCUGCUGCGGCCUUGCCAAAGGCUCCAGUGAGCCCUGCGAUGGUGCCUCAGGCGCCAUGUCAGGCGACAUCCCCUUCCAUGCCGCUGCUCCCAACCAGCACAACGCGCUUGGCCAAGAAUCUGGCCCAGCGAAAGGCUUUGUUGGAGUCGAUUGGUCUAGGGCUCUCCAGAAGAUCUUCGGCCACGCCGGUCCAGGUCACAUCUGGACGAUCUGGACACUUCAAAUGGCCAGAGGCACAGGUGGAAGAUUCGAGGCCAUCCAUUGCAAGCACCAGGCAACGAUCGUCCAAGCUCCUGGAACAUCAGAAGGCGCUCUUGGGUUCUAUUGGUUUGGCCGCCAUGGCCACAGGCAGCUUGAGCCGUCGCUCUGCAAGAAGCAAGGAACGGAAAGGCUCCGACAUCAUCGAGGGGACGGUGCUAGCAUCCCAUGAGACCUGGAACGAGGCCUUUGGUGAAUCAGCGUUUCCACUGGUGCAGGGAAAUGUGGUAGACUCAGAUGACGAGGUGGGCGAACCAAUCCUGAGCGGUCAGCCAAAUGGAUCGCAGGACAGCCAUGCUUCAAUGACAUGGCCGAUGUCAACGCAGGUUGCUGAAUCACCAGGAUUUUCAUCUGCUUUUGAAGCGGAUGAGGCUGCGACAACGCUCGGAAGAUUUCCAGCUUCUCCAGGAUUCCCAGAAGCAUCUCCAGUGAAGGACAUGCCAAGUGGCUCCUUGCAGCAACAAACUGCCCAGGGAUUUCCAGCAUCCCCAGGGUUUCCAGAAGCCUCCACGGCAAAGGAGAGCCCUUUGCCAAAGGAGACCUCGACACAGAGUGGGAUGCAGUGGCCAGGCAGUGCCCUGCCUAGUGCUGAGGAGAGCCCUUUGCCAAAGGAGACCUCGACACCGAGUGGGAUGCAGUGGCCAGGCAGUGCCCUGCCUAGUGCUGAGGUGACGGCAGAGUCCUCUACUGGAUUUCCACCAUCACCAGGGUUUCCAGAAAGCUCUGCGGCAAAGGAGAGCACUUUGCCUAAGGAGACUUCGACGCCGAGUGGGAUGCAGUGGCCAGGCAGUGCCCUGUCUAGUGCUGAGGUGACAGCAGAGUCCCCUGCGGGAUUUCCACCAUCCCCAGGGUUUCCAGAAGCCUCCACAGCAAAGGAGAGCCCUUUGCCAAAGGAGACCUCGACACCGAGUGGGAUGCAGUGGCCAGGCAGUGCCCUGCCUAGUGCUGAGGUGACGGCAGAGUCCUCUACUGGAUUUCCACCAUCACCAGGGUUUCCAGAAAGCUCUGCGGCAAAGGAGAGCACUUUGCCUAAGGAGACCUCGACUCCGAGUGGGAUGCAGUGGCCAGGCAAUGCCCUGCCCAGUGCUGAGGUGACGGCAGAGUCCUCUACUGGAUUUCCACCAUCACCAGGGUUUCCAGAAAGCUCUGCGGCAAAGGAGAGCACUUUGCCCGAGGAGACCUCGACGCCGAGUGCGAUGCAGUGGCCAGGCAGUGCCCUGCCUAUUGCUGAGGUGACAGCAGAGUCCCCUGCGGGAUUUCCACCAUCCCCAGGGUUUCCAGAAGCCUCCACAGCAAAGGAGAGCCCUUUGCCAAAGGAAACCUUGACGCCGAGUGGGAUGCAGUGGCCAGGCAAUGCCCUGCCUAGUGCUGAGGUGACGGCAGAGUCCUCUGCUGGAUUUCCACCAUCACCAGGGUUUCCAGAAAGCUCUGCGGCAAAGGAGAGCACUUUGCCUGAGGAGCCCUCGACGCGGAGUGGGAUGCAGUGGCCAGGCAGUGCCCUGCCUAGUGCUGAGGUGACAGCAGAGUCCCCUGCGGGAUUUCCACCAUCCCCAGGGUUUCCAGAAGCCUCCACAGCAAAGGAGAGCCCUUUGCCAAAGGAGACCUCGACGCGGAGUGGGAUGCAGUGGCCAGGCAAUGCCCUGCCUAGUGCUGAGGUGACGGCAGAGUCCUCUGCUGGAUUUCCACCAUCACCAGGGUUUCCAGAAAGCUCUGCGGCAAAGGAGAGCACUCUCCCUAAGGAGACCUCGACGCGGAGUGGGAUGCAGUGGCCAGGCAGUGCCCUGCCUAGUGCUGAGGAGAGCCCUUUGCCAAAGGAGACCUCGACGCCGAGUGGGAUGCAGUGGCCAGGCAGUGCACUGCCUAGUGCUGAGGUGACGGCAGAGUCCUCUACUGGAUUUCCACCAUCACCAGGGUUUCCAGAAAGCUCUGCGGCAAAGGAGAGCACUUUGCCUAAGGAGACCUCGACGCCGAGUGGGAUGCAGUGGCCAGGCAGUGCCCUGCCUAGUGCUGAGGUGACAGCAGAGUCCCCUGCGGGAUUUCCACCAUCCCCAGGGUUUCCAGAAGCCUCCACAGCAAAGGAGAGCCCUUUGCCAAAGGAGACCUCGACGCCGAGUGGGAUGCAGUGGCCAGGCAGUGCCCUGCCUACUGCUGAGGUGACGGCAGAGUCCUCUACUGGAUUUCCACCAUCACCAGGGUUUCCAGAAAGCUCUGCGGCAAAGGAGAGCACUUUGCCUAAGGAGACUUCGACGCCGAGUGGGAUGCAGUGGCCAGGCAGUGCCCUGCCUAGUGCUGAGGUGACAGCAGAGUCCCCUGCGGGAUUUCCACCAUCCCCAGGGUUUCCAGAAGCCUCCACAGCAAAGGAGAGCCCUUUGCCAAAGGAGACCUCGACGCCGAGUGGGAUGCAGUGGCCAGGCAGUGCCCUGUCUAGCGCUGAGGUGACAGCGGAGUCCCCUGCGGGAUUUCCACCAUCCCCAGGGUUUCCAGAAGCCUCCACAGCAAAGGAGAGCCCUUUGCCAAAGGAGACCUCGACGCCGAGUGGGAUGCAGUGGCCAGGCAGUGCCCUGUCUAGCGCUGAGGUGACGGCAGAGUCCUCUGCUGGAUUUCCACCAUCACCAGGGUUUCCAGAAAGCUCUGCGGCAAAGGAGAGCACUUUGCCUAAGGAGACCUCGACGCCGAGUGGGAUGCAGUGGCCAGGCAGUGCCCUGUCUAGCGCUGAGGUGGCUGCAGAGUCCUCUACUGGAUUUCCACCAUCACCAGGGUUUCCACAAACCUCUGCGGCAAAGGAGACCUCGGCGCCGAGUGGGAUGCAGUGGCCAGGCAGUGCUGAGGCCGCAGCUUUCCCAGGUGGAUUUCCAGAAUGGCCAGCACAGGAAUCAACCCCUGGUGGGAUGCAGUGGCCAGAUGCUUCAUUGACGAGUUCCAAGGCUGAGGACGCUUUUGGCGGCUUUCCAGCAUCUGGAUCUCAGGACGGGCCAAAAGAGGAAGCAGCGAGCGCCAAUGGGCAUUCUGAGCCCGCUGACCAGGACGCUGAGGUGCCAAACGUGGCGCCGAUAGUGGAGAGACUUCCGCCCAAGGCGCCCAAGGAGACACCCAAGGAGGCGCCUAAGUUUCAUGACGAAGAUGAGGGGGAAGUUCCAAGUUGGUGGCCAAAGGGUGCCUAGCAUUGGAACCUCCAAGGGCCC